AUGUCACCACCUCCGCAAGACGGCUCCUUCACCUACACAGACGGUGGUCAGAAGUUCAAAGCCGUCUUCGUCAUAGGCGAGACUCGCUUCAAAUUCAUCGGUUCAUUCGGUGAAUUGGCGGCGACAAUUGAUUAUCCUGCUGUCCUGUCCUACGACGACGUAUCACAACUACAUGGGAAGGACAUUCCGUUUGAAGUCGAAGUGGGGAUAAAGAGUGUCACUAUACGCAUUAUAGAUGGUCCAACUAUCGUUGCGGACACAGGGGCUGAUGUUAGCCCUGAGAGCAUGUUGGGCGGAACUGGCUACUGGACCGACGAGCCUCGAUAG